GACUGGUUUUCCAGUAAAAUGUUUUAUAUUAUUUGCUUAAUUGAUAAAUAUAUUAUUUGCAAUAUUCCCUGUUACUUUGUGCAUUUUGUGUACAUAACGUUAGUACGCGAAUUUAGUUAAAAAAGUGGCAUCCUUCCUCUAGCAGAUGUCGCAACAAAGGAGGAGAGCAGCAGUUCCCGCUGCCUGUAUAAAGCUGUGUCAGAAUGAAAGUGAUCUUCACUCUGUACGGUGAAAACGGUUCCCAUCAAAAGACAACCCAUCUGGAGCACAUCAUCGCUGCUGUUGCCCGAUCUGCGGUUAUGUAGAAACAAUAGUAGUUCACAAGGAUGAUUGUUGUCUUCUUACUGUUUUUCGGAGGCGAUAGAUUUCUUCAGUGGAUUUGGGACUUCAUAUAUGCGGAACGUCAUUUGCUCCUCAUGUCACCCCACUUUAGCGUGUGCGCAGCUUUCAGCACUCAUCUCAUCUUCUCUGCUCCCUUUAUGCUUCUGGAUGUGUUCAGUCCACAUGUGGGAUGGCUCCAGAAGUACAGGUUAAGUCGUGAAGUCGUUGGCUUGCAUCAGCGGUUUCGAUGUGCUACUCGAAUUUUAUGGAAAUACAUCGUUGGCGUUUUACCAUUUACUGCGCUGUUUGUGUCGUUACGGCGCACGGAUUUCCCGGAUAGAGCGCCGUCCUCUUUCCAUGCCUUCAGGGAAUGUGUCUCAUGCAUGCUGAUAUUCGAUACGCUCUUCUUCAUUUGUCAUUACACCAUUCACAAAAUUCCCUGGCUAUACCACAACAUCCACCGCAUUCACCAUCAGAACAGGGACACUUUUGCUCUGGCAGCUCAAGACUCCAGUAUUUCUGAACUGUUGUCUCUACAAACCCUUGCAUUUACAAGUGCCAUGCUUGUGGGCUGCCACCCUUUUAGCGAAAUCCUUUUCCGUCUGGUUAACACCUGGAUGGCUGUGGAGGACCACUGUGGAUAUGAAUUUCCUUGGGCACUGCAUCGGUUGUUGCCGUGCUUUGGCGGGGCGCCGCACCACCUGGCCCACCAUCAGCACUUUAAAGGGAACUUCGCCCCUUACUUCAGACACUGGGAUUACAUCUUUGGGACCUCAUUGCCCAUUUCAGCAAAUGAGUGAGACAAUAGAUAGGGUGAAUCUAGGUUAAUUAAGCCAUUAUAUGAGAGUGAGAAUGAGACUAUUAAAAGUAUC